CGAACACGAGCUUGUCUCGCAAGCCUUACCCUUUCCGGCACUCGUUGCCACCGGAAAGACCCCGUCCCGAUCGGGAUUAGUGGAUGCCCCGAGCGGCCGGCGAAUCGGAGCGACUGAUUGCCCCGUCCCGGCGGCGGCGUUGAAUAAUCAUACAACAACGUCUGAUGAUGUCUUCAGCCCUAAAACCUUCUCCGUGAUAUAUAUACCGGCCGAGAGUCGUCGAUAAGCAAGAGAUCUGCUUAGCAACUAUAUUCAAUAUGCGGUCUGUCGGUACAACGACUUAUUCACCCCCUUCGGGGUACCAAAUGCUUGACCUCCCCAAGCCAGAACUGAAGGGCCCUAAGGAUGUCAUUAUCGCGGUUCACGCCGGAAGUGUUAAUCCGAUCGAUGUCAAAUAUGCUGGAGGUGCGAUGAAGAUGGUGGUUUCGGAUACAUUCCCAUCGCCAAUUGGCUUCGACUGUGCUGGAACAGUUACCGAAGUUGGUUCUAACGUCACAAGAUGUAAGGUUGGUGAUGAGGUGUAUACUCGUCUACCGGGAUCCUGUCGAGGAUCAUGGAGCGAAUACGCUCGCUGUCCAGAAGAGUGUCUAGCGCUCAAGCCCUCUUCGUUAUCAUUCGAGGAUGCAGCUUCAAUUCCCCUGGCCGCUCUUACUGCCCUCCAAGCUCUCCGGAGAUACGACGGCGAUCUGGAAGGAAAAACAGUCUUUAUUCCGGCUGGAUUGAGCGGAACGGGGUCUUAUGCGUGCCAACUCGCCAAAAACGUUUUCAAAGCCGGAAAGGUCAUCACAACAGUGUCCACCGCCAAGAUACCUAAAGUGGCAGAGUAUUUGGGAGAGAACGUCGUGGAUGAAAUUAUCGACUAUAAAACGUCCAAUCCCCUCACCAGAAUCCCCGCAAAAUCGGUCGACUUCGCCUUCGAUACAGUGGGCCAGGCCAUGGACUUCCUGCCCCUAAUGCGACCCAACGGCUGUAUUAUUUCCAUCGCCAUGAUCCCGUCUGGAGACCAGAUGCAACAGUGGGAUCUAUUGCGUUUACCGCAUAAUCCUACCGUGCCAAUUUACGUUCGAAUUCCGUUGAACUUGAUGGAUUCGUACCGGAGGCGGAAGGCGCGAUGCUCUAGUGUUCAGUACGAGUAUUUGCUUUUGGAACCGAAUGGCAAGGAUCUAGAUUCGUUGACGGAGUGGGUGGAGGAGGGCAAGUUGAGGCCAGUCGUAGGGACGGUGGUCAAGUUUGAUGAUCUUGAAGCUGUAAAGAAGGCUUGUCAGGUUGUGUAUGAUGGACAGGGAGGAAUUGGGAAGGCAGUUAUUUCGAUGGGAAAGGGUAGUAUCGAACAGGAGUAAUUGGAAAUUGUAUAUAGUCUUAAUAUUCAUAAUAAUUGUC